AUGGCGAUUUCGAUAUCCGGAGCUGUGCUUAGUGGGUUGAGUUCUUCGUUCCUCGUCAGCGGAGGCAAGAGAAGCGGCGUUGGCGGUGGAGAUAUGAUAAUUGGCCGGAAGAAUGUGAUUAUUGCACCUCAGCGCAAGAAGUCGUGGGUCAUGGCCGCCGUGAAAGGUGACGACAACUCAAAGCUCGAUCCACAAUGGCUCGAUGAUGCCUCACUGAAAGCUUCCGAGUACGUGAAGGAGAAAGGAAGCGAAGUGGGACACGUGUCUGCACAUGAAGGGCAAGAGAUUUUAGAUCAGAUACAGAGAGUAAAAGACUACUUCAUUGAGAAAGCUGGUGAAGCGAUGGACAUGGUGGUUGAAAAUGCUCACAAGAGUUCAGAUUUUGUGACGGAGAAAGCCAAAGAGACGGAGAAAGAAGUUGUUUCAAUGACGGAGAAAGCCAAAGAUUUCGUAGUUGAAAAAGCCGGUGAAACUAAAGAAUACAUCGUUUUAAGAGCCGGUGAAGCCAAAGAAUUGACGACAGAUGUGAGCAAGAUAACAGCUAAGUACAUUGGAGAGAAAGCAGCAGAGGCAAAAGAAGCGAUACUGCCUCCAAAAACUUAA